CCACUGAGGAUCUGCGGGAUGAUGGAGAAGGAAACUCUCUUGGGUCCGACUCAGACAUGAACGGGUUUGCCGUCACUGAAGAGAGACAGGUGAACAAGUACGGCUUCAUCGGAGACUCUCAGCAGUAUUCCGGGGAAUUAGCUGAAGAAAUUCCUACCGAGGUGCUGAGGCAGCGGGAGGCAAAUGGCUAGAGAUGUUGAACAGCUGGGACAAGUGGAUGGCCAAAAAACACAAGAAGGUGAAGCUGCGCUGUCAGAAGGGAAUCCCUCCCUCCCUGCGAGGCCGGGCCUGGCUGUACUUGUCUGGGGGAAAAGUGAAAAAGGAACAGAACCAGGGCAAGUUUCAGGAACUGGACAGCCAGCCAGGAGAUCCCAAAUGGGUGGAUGUGAUAGAGAGGGACCUCCAUCGCCAGUUUCCCUUCCAUGAGAUGUUUGUGGCAAGAGGAGGUCAUGGGCAGCAGGACUUGUUCCGUGUGCUGAAGGCCUACACUCUGCAUCGUCCAGAGGAGGGCUAUUGUCAGGCUCAGGCUCCCAUUGCUGCUGUGCUCCUGAUGCAUAUGCCAGCAGAGGAUGCAUUUUGGGGUCUGGUCCAGAUUUGUGAGAAGUACCUCCCUGGAUACUACAGUGCAGGGCUGGAGGCGAUCCAGCUGGAUGGGGAGAUCCUGUAUGCUCUGCUGCAGCGCGUGUCUCCUGUGGCCUGCAGACACCUCAGGAAGCACAAGGUGGAGCCCACCAUGUGCAUGACUGAGUGGUUCAUGUGUGCCUUCUCCAGGACUCUGCCAUGGGCCUCAGUUCUGCGGGUCUGGGACAUGUUCCUAUGUGAGGGAGUGAAGAUCAUCUUCCGGGUGGGCUUGGUUCUUUUGAAAUGUAUGCUGGGCUCCCAGGAGAAAGUAAAGGCCUGUCAAGGCCUGUAUGAGACAAUGCAGCUGCUUCGAGCCAUAGACCCACACUAUAUGCAGGAAGGCUUCCUGAUACGGGAGAUUAUGGAGCUGCCAACCGAGAACCCUUAUGAGUACUACGACUACGAGGAGACAGAGAACUCGACCAUGUGUGACUAUUCGGAGUGGGAGCCUUCGUACUCUGUCAUCCCGGUGCUCUACAUGCUCAUUUUCAUCCUGGGCCUCUCUGGAAACGGGGUGGUCAUCUUCACCGUGUGGCGGGCCCAGGGCAAGCGACGGGCCGCCGACGUCUACAUAGGCAACCUGGCCCUGGCCGACCUCACCUUCGUGGUCACCCUGCCUCUGUGGGCCGUGUACACCGCCCUGGGCUACCACUGGCCCUUCGGAGUGGCCCUCUGCAAGAUCAGCAGCUACGUCGUCCUGCUCAACAUGUACGCCAGCGUCUUCUGCCUCACCUGCAUGAGCUUCGACCGCUACCUGGCCAUCGUCCACUCUCUGUCCAGCAACCAGCUCCGCACCCGUGGCCACAUGAGGGCCUCCCUGACGGCGAUCUGGCUGCUGUCCGGGCUCCUGGCCGCCCCGACUCUCAUCUUCCGCACCACCAAGUACGAUCUAACGAGCAACCGCACCUCCUGCGGCAUGGACUUCAGCCUGGUGGUGUCCGACAAGGAGCAGGAGAACCUGUGGGUGGCCGGCCUCAGCAUCUCCUCCUCAGCCCUGGGCUUUCUGCUGCCUUUUUUAGCCAUGAUGGUGUGCUACGGUUUCAUCGGCUGCACAGUCACCCGCCACUUCAACAGCCUGCGCAAGGAGGACCAACGCAAGCGGAGGUUGCUGAAGAUCAUCACCACGCUGGUGGUGGUGUUCGCGGCCUGCUGGACGCCCUUCCACGUGCUGAAGAGCGCCGACGCCCUGUCCUACCUGAACCUGGCCCCCGGCACCUGCGCCUUCCUGCGCUUCCUCCUGCUGGCUCACCCGUACGCCACCUGCCUGGCCUACGUCAACAGCUGCCUCAACCCGUUCCUGUACGCCUUCUUCGACCUGCGCUUUCGGUCCCAGUGCCUGUGCCUGCUCAACCUGAAGAAAUCGCUGCACGCGAGCCCCGCCAGCUCCCUGUCCUCCCAGAAGACAGAGGCCCAGUCUCUGGCCACGAAGGUGUGACCGCAGGGCCAGAGGCAUGCCGGGGAGGAGGCGAUCCUGUUUUGUCUUCACCUGAGUGAUGCAGGUAAAUCAAAACAUUCAGCAGCGUACGGUCACAUAGUCACUUCUGCUUCCCUCUGACUGUGCGGACUGAAAUGUGUGAGCACAUCGAGUCCCCCGUGUGACCGAACAAACCAGCCAGGUUUGUGUUGUUUGGGUCCAACCACAGCCUUGAACCCCAACCUCAUGUUCAGCGAUAGGGACGUGUGGCACAACGCUGAUCAACUUCAAACAAGGGACCAAGAUGCAGGAAGACAUCCAGCAGACAUUUUGUUUUUGGAAAAAAGUGGAAUGUAUGUUCGAAGGAGCACGUGUCUCUCUUGGCCUCCUGUGGACUUUAGGCAACGUUUUGGAGCUUUGAACUCUGAAGCUCACCAUUCAAGUGAUGGCGAAGAGCAUUUCCCCAUGCUGUUCUUGUUCUCAUUUGUAAGCACUUGAGGUGUGAUGUCCAGUAGACUUCCUGCUCCCUGACUCAAUUUGUAUUAUCUGCACCACAACCAACAAUGUGAUGUGUGUGUGUGUGUGUGUGUGUGUGUGUGUGUGGGUGGGUGGGAAGGGUGUGCUAGCCGGCAAGAGGUGUUGAGUCUGAUAAUAGUGUUGUAAGGAGAGACGGGGGCAUGGUGGAAGGGGGUGGGGGUCCCAGACAGACAGACAGACAGAUGGCAGCUGACAAAUGUUUUCAGGCCCCAAUUAAAUGGUGACUGCUUUGACAGUCUGCUAGAGUGUGUGUGUGUUCACGCCUGUGUAUGUGUGUGUGUGUGGAUGUGAAGGGAUGAGUUUGUGUGUGCUUGCUGAGUGACAUGAAUUUGUCGACAAAUACGCGAAAGCAUAUUGUGAAUACGCAUUAUUUUGUGAUGUUUAUGAUUUGUAAU